AAAGAGAUUGGUGGGAGAGUGUAGGCUGCAGACAGAGACCGACAGCUCGAGCUGUCCCCAUCAGCAGCCCGAGCAGCUGAGCUAUGAGCCAGACCAGGAAUUUACAGGGAGGCAAAGCCUUUGGGUUACUGAAGGCCCAGCAGGAGCAGAGACUGGAAGAAAUCAACAAGCAAUUCCGCGAUGACCCCAAGUACAGCGACGAUGAAGAACUGCCCUCCAAACUGGAAGCCUUCAAGGAGAAGUACAUGGAGUUUGACCUGAAUGGAAACGGAGACAUUGAUAUUAUGUCCCUGAAGCGAAUGCUGGAGAAACUCGGGGUUGCCAAGACCCACCUGGAGCUCAAAAAGCUAAUCAGGGAGGUGUCCGGAGGCUCUGGGGAGACUUUCAGCUACUCUGACUUUCUCCGGAUGAUGCUGGGCAAGAGAUCAGCCAUCUUGAAAAUGAUCCUGAUGUACGAGGAGAAAGCUAGAGAACAGGAGAAGCCACUGGGUCCCCCAGCCAAGAGAGAAAUCUCUGAGCUGCCCUGAUUUGUCAAAGACAGACAUGUUCGGAUUGAAGGCGAUGCUGAUGACCUCAGCAUGAAAAAGAGGACAAUGUUGUGAGCCUGAGUCAAAUUAAAUAAAUUCUCUCUCCCUUCUUCGGAUCAA